UGCUCUGACGUUGAAAACUAUUGGACGGUGUACAGGAAGGAGAGUUCUGUCUUUCAGGGAAACACGAGUUUCGGGGGAGAUGGUGCGGUUCAAAUCGAGGUACCUCCUUUGCGAGGUGUCCUUCGCCGACCCCCGCUCCAGGCAGUGUCUGGAGGAGAGGGCAAUUUUCUCUGCCGUGAGGGACGCGAUCGCCCGGGCUCACGGGGACUACGGAGCGGCUUGCUGCGCGGUCUCCUUUGCAGUGAAGUACCUCAACGCUUACACUGGGAUCCUGCUUCUCCGCUGCCGCAAGGAACACUACCGGCUGCUGUGGUCAGCGCUCCCGUUCAUCAUCCACCUGGAGAGCCGGGGACAGAGGCAGCCCUGUCGCAUCAGCAGCAUCCACGUGGGCGGUACGAUCCGGACGUGCCAGCGGUUCUUGAUCCGGUAUAACAGACAGCAGCUGCUGAGGAUGCUGCCAGGCUGUCAGAGUGAAGAGGAACGUGCGUCGGUGCACAGGGCAGUGCUGAGCUGCUCGCUGAAGCAGCUUGAGGAAGAAGACGGCUCUCGGGAUGAAGACUCCGACUGACCGUCUGGCUCGCCAGUGUCUCCUGGAGGAAGGAGGCUGCCUUCCCAGAGACUUACAGGAUGAGCACCCAGACUGAACCCCUGCUGCUCCCGCACUGCGGGGGAACAGUCUAUUAUCAGAUUCCCCCGUUCCACAGCAGUUUAAACCACUGCAGACUUUACUGCACCCUUAAAAUGACAUUCACCAGAGACCACACGAACGGCUGGUUUCAUAAAACCUGAUUUGAAAACCUGCCUUAACAGUGGCUGGACAGAGAAUAUUUCAAAUGUGUUUUAGUUUUCCUCUGGAGUUCACUGCUGUGCUACAUGUAUUUUGUAAAUCAAUUCCAAUACAAUAAAGAACAUUGCACCACA